UACUGGAACAAAUAGUUUUUUUUUGAAACGGCACCAUUGCCGAUUGCUCUCAAUUUAUAUUACGUUUUACAUUUCUGAUUUCUCAGAACAAUCAUUUUUGGAUGAAAAUAUUUUGUCAAUAAUAAAAUAAUGGAUAAUAAGGGAACCGAUACGAGUGAAAGUGAUAUUGAAAGUCUGUCAUCAAUAUUCAAAAAGGGAUUAGAAUCUUAUAAUAACAUAACAAAUAGUGAUCAACCUACUAAUAGUCCAGAUAUGCAGAUUAGUAUAAAAAGGACUAUGAAAACUUUCGAAGAUGCCACUAGGUUAGUUUCAUUGGCUGGCAUUUUUAGUAACAAUGAAAGUAUUGAUGAAGUUUCAACAAGUGAUCUCCAGUAUUUUUUAUUACCAGCACUCCUGGGUUCUCUCAGUUUGAAGUUAACUUCAGGUGAACGGAAAGAUAUUGUAGAUGUUGCUGAAAUCUAUUUCAAGGAUUUCUUAUUACGUUGCAAUGCAUAUAAUCUCAGUAAUUAUCAAGAUAAGAAAACUGAUGAAAAACUAAAUAAGACAGAGUUGGAACAACUGUUGUCAGCAGUGAAUACCAGGGCAAAUAAAAUACAAAGGUUCAAAGAACAAAAAGAACUAAAAUCUAAACUUGGUGACUUGAAAAAAAAUAUUGAGAAUGAACAUGUGGAUGAGGAAAUCAAACGAGAAUACUUCAUUACAAUGAUCAAACUUUUUAUUCAUGAAGCUAUCGAAGAACUGAAUAGCAUUGAUAUGGAAAAGCCCAUUUUGGAGCAUAUGGAUAAUAUGAAAAAGGAUGAUAAAAUACAGCCCAAAAGAGCUCUACCUCCUCCUCUCAGGCCAAUUAUUAUAACAAAAGAUGAAGUACAGAAAGCAGUAUUUGGGGCAGGGUAUCCUUCUUUACCUACCAUGACGGUGAAUGAGUUUUAUGAUAAACGUGUGGCAGAAGGUAUCUUUCCUGAUCCAAACAAAAAAAAAACUGUUCCCACCAGUCUUCAAGAGGCAGCUUUAGCAGGAAUGUCUCUUAAUCAAGAUGAAAAAGAAGAAGAAUUGAAGGACAAGUUGAUUGAAGAGGAUGAUGAAGAGAACAUUGCUAGAAUGAGAGCCAAGGAUGAAUUCAAAGAUGAUCACAGGCGAGGGUGGGGUAACCGAAUGAACCGAAGUUGAAAUCAAUCUUUCUGGAAACGUAACUGGUUCAGGGAGCAUGCUCUUUGAAAAAAUUUCUGUGGUUAUACUGGAUUCGAUAACAAAAAGGAUGGAUAUUUUUCCAGGAAUUCAGAAUAUUUUUUAUCAAGUGAAAGAGCUGAAUUUAUCUGAGAUAUAUACAUACUAUGCAUUUUCUCAAAGUUUAGCUUUAAUCAGCAACUGUAAUGAACUACGUAAAGAAAAUUGUUACUGAAAAAAUGUUUAAAGAAUUUGAAAGUGUCUUCAAAAUAUCAGUGUUAGAAUUAUGAGGGUUACCUUUUGAAUUUAUUCAAUGUGUUGUGAUUGAAAUACUUUUUCUGAAUCUCAUAUCACUCCUACUCCAUUUCUCAUAAAGAAAUAUAGACAAAAGCUUUUGAAA